GCAGCGCGGCAGAGCCCGGCGGGACAUCGGGAGGAUUUGGGGGGCGCACCCGGGCGGGGCCGGAAGGACGCGAGGGGCGGAAGUUCCCCCGCCCGCCUCGCGCUCUGUCGGUCCGAGGGGCUGCGGCCCGUUCAUGGAAGAGAUGUCGGGAGAGAGCGUGGUGAGCUCCGCGGUGCCGGCGGCGGCGACGCGCACGACGUCCUUCAAGGGCACGAGCCCCAGCUCCAAGUACGUGAAGCUGAACGUGGGGGGGGCCCUGUACUACACCACCAUGCAGACCCUCACCAAGCAGGACACCAUGCUCAAGGCCAUGUUCAGCGGCCGCAUGGAAGUGCUCACGGACAGCGAAGGCUGGAUCCUGAUUGACCGCUGUGGGAAGCAUUUUGGGACCAUCCUGAACUACCUGCGGGACGGGGCCGUGCCGCUCCCGGAGAGCCGCCGGGAGAUCGAGGAGCUGCUGGCUGAGGCCAAGUACUACCUGGUGCAGGGGCUGGUGGACGAGUGCCAGGCAGCCCUGCAGAACAAGGACGCGUACGAGCCGUUCUGCAAGGUCCCGGUGAUCACCUCCUCCAAGGAGGAGCAGAAACUCAUCGCCACCUCCAACAAGCCAGCAGUGAAGUUGCUGUACAACAGAAGCAACAACAAAUAUUCCUACACCAGCAACUCCGACGACAACAUGCUGAAGAACAUCGAGCUGUUCGACAAGCUGUCCCUGCGGUUCAACGGGCGGGUGCUGUUCAUCAAGGACGUCAUCGGGGACGAGAUCUGCUGCUGGUCCUUCUACGGGCAGGGCCGCAAGAUCGCCGAGGUUUGCUGCACCUCCAUCGUCUACGCCACCGAGAAGAAGCAGACCAAGGUGGAGUUCCCAGAAGCCCGAAUUUAUGAGGAGACACUGAACAUUCUGCUCUACGAGUCCCAGGACGGGAGGGGACCUGACAAUGCACUCCUGGAGGCCACAGGGGGGGCAGCAGGUCGGUCCCACCACCUGGAGGAGGACGAGGAGCGGGAGCGCAUCGAGCGCGUGAGGAGGAUCCACAUCAAGCGCCCCGACGACAGGGCCCACCUGCACCAGUGAGCCAGGUGAGCCCCGGGCCCCAGCUCUGGGCAAGCAGCAGAGGACCAGGAGGCUCACCUUCUACCCAGCACAGUCUGUAAAUUAUGUUUUGUAACAAACUCUAGGUUAUUUGGGGUAUUUAAAUGCUGUAGUUGUAGGACAAGAAUAAACGAGGUUAUUGGGCGUACGGUGGGUUCUGUAAGGGCCUGUUGAGCAGCUGGAGAAAUGCCCUGAAUUUUUAGCACUCUUGUUGUUGCUGUUUUGUGCUAGAGAGGAGGAGGGCUGGCUGCCUUUGGCUUUGGUAAUUAUCCUGCACUUUAAACACAAAACAAAACAACAAACAAAAUGCUCAGCCAGCCCAGCCGUCCUCCUUCCCUCCAGGCACUUCCUGACCCUCACUCCUGGCACUCAGGAAAGGCUGGGAUCUGGACACAAAGCUGCUGCACAGCUCUCUGUCUCCCAAGUCUGCAGGGCUGGGAGCUCGGGAGUGCCUUGGGGUGACUCCCUGAAGGACAAAUGGCACUGGCUGGUGAUGUUCCUGGAGUGCUGGGAGCAGAGGGACCCCUCAGAGCAGGGGGGCUGCUCCCUUGGGCCUGGCUGUGGCUCCACACAGCUCCCUGGAUCUCCUCCAAGGGUUCAGUGGAGCUUCUGCAGCACUGAGGGGAGACCCCUCCCUGCUUUAUCCCUGCGGUUCAAGGUUAAAAUUCCUCCAAAAAGAGGAGGAUCAGGAGCAAAUUGUCCGUGAUUGCUUUCCUUUAGGGUGAUGUUGGUACUGGUUAGUGCUUAGAGCUUCUGCCUGAGCCUGGAGCUGGGGAGUUGGUUUCCAGCAGCUCCCAGGUCAGCCAGGUGUGUUCUGUGCUGUGUAGGAGUCACAGGAGUUACUCAGAAGUCACAGCAGGUUCAGUGCCUCUGUGGCAGGGGAGCAUUGGUGGGGGGGUGGGCAGAAGUUCCCUUUGGAACUGAUCCAGGAGCAUUGCCUUGCUCUGAAUGAGGGCAGCACUACGGGAAAGAGCAGCAGACAGUGGCCCAGAGGCAGAUAAUCCUUGUUUGACUGUAUCCUGAGCAUAUUCCAAGUCUUUUCAGCAGUGGCAGCUGUGUGUGGAAUGGCAGAGUGUGGAGAAGGCAGUCUAGUUUUCUGAGAGUGCUUUUGUGUUGUAAAUGAAUAUUUCAUCUACCUCCUCAGCUCCUGUUGCCUGUUGUGGAGUCAAGUGACAGUGAUGGUGGGAGAUGGGGUAUCAUUCCAUAGGGCUGGAAGCAGAGCCACAGCUGUGAUAGUUCAGGUAACAAAUCCUGGGAGGGAAAGAAACCCGAGGUAGGAAGUGUUAAACUCCCAAUUCAGCAGUACUGUGGCCAACACUGGAGCACUCUGGCCUGGGCUAGAGUUUCCUUUGACCCUUUCUGUGGAAUAUUUAGCACUGCCCUUAACAGCCAGAGUGCUCUGGAGCAGCAGCUCUGUGUUCCUGCUCCAAGGAUCCCUGCUCCUGGCUCAGGGCUGCUGAGGGCAUGUGAACAGUUACAAACCAAAGGUGUUGCAGAACCACCAGCCCUGUUACCCCAAGGCUUCUGUUCCACAGAGCAGUUACACCCCAGUUACUCAGAGCUUCUCUGGAGGGGCUGGAAUUCAGUAUGAAGUGUUUGUACAAUUUUGGAUCAUCAAGUAGAGCUAAAAAAUUUCAAAAUUAAGCUGAGGACAUCUUUCUAGUAACCAAAGACUUCUCUAAGUCACAGGCAGCUGGUGUCUGUGGCAGGUGGGGUUGUUGUUCCUGUCUCUUCUUUUUUCUUCAGCUACUGAUUUAUAAGAGCUCAGCAGUUACCUUGAGGUUCAGCAGCUUCAGUUCUGUCUUGACAGUUCAGGGCUUCUAGUUUGAGUUGUACUUACACCUGUUUGGGUUUGUAGGAGUCCAGAGUGCAGGGGCUGAAGGAGCCAGAGCCUCUCCCCUGCUGGCUGUGAUAAGCUGGGGAGUGAGGAAGGGAAGUCCUGGAUUGCUGGUUCUCCAGCACUGUGUACUUUGACACUUAUUGGUGUGUUACUGGGCUGUUGUGGGUUUCUGACCUUCUGUAACAGACCUGCUGCCCCUGAGGGGUUGAGUCUCUGCAUCUCAGCAGUGGGUGAACAGGGACCACCAGCCCAUGAGUGUAGAACAUCAACAGUCCUGCAGCAAUCCCUGCUCCCUUCAGCUGAGCUGGGUCUGACCUACCUGGGAGACCCCAGACAAACUCCAGCCGUGUCCCGUGGGGCAGAGCAGGUUCAGCUCCAGGAGGUGACACCAGUGCUAAGCACCUGACAGGUCACAUCUCUGUGAUUAACUUCUCUGUAAAUAGAGUCUUAACUGGCUUUAGGCUUUUCUUGUUCGGGUUUUGCAAACUAAGUUCUUUAAAAAACAGGGAAUGGUUGUUUUUAAUCUUUGUACAGCGGUUUGUAGAGCUGUUGGUUUAGUAAAGUCACUCCAGGAGAGUUUAAGUUCUAAUUUCAGUUUUGUUCCUGUGUUUGUGGGCAGACUCUGCCUUAACACACUCCUGAGUUCACCCUCUGUGCUGGAGUGGUGCACAAAGCUGUGCUGUGGUGUUGGGGUGUCCUUUACCUCCUGCCCCGUCCUUGAGUGCACACUCUGGUAAUGCCAUUGCACAAAUGCUCUCAGCUCCUGAGCCUCGUUACUCUAAGUGGUUUUGCCUCAGCUCUCAGGUGCAGGUGGGGCUCAGGGCAGGUGUCCUGGGCACAAGCAGCUCUUCAGAUUAUCCCAGGGACAGCAGACAUGUCUGCUUCCCUUCUCCAGCCACCAGCAGUGACAGCCCAGCCAAGGAGAGCUCAGCAAAGUCUUCCCUGGGGAGAGAUAUUGUGGACCUGCAGCUCAUAACACAGGUGGGGCUGCAGGAGAGGUGGCAGUGACCACCCCAGGCUGACACCUCCCCAUCGGUGUCCGUGGAGCUGGAGCACCAAAGCAGCUGCUCCUGCACUCCCAGAAGCAGGUUUAGAUCCCCCUGAGCCCCACGACCUUUGGAAGGCUCUGAGCUGCCAUCUCACCUUAGAGCAAAGUGUAGGUAGAACCCUUCAGUCUUGUUUCAUGGACAACAGCAGAUUCCUGUUCUGCACAAUCAUUCCCUCCUGUUCAGACUUGGGCACAAAACAAGCUUCCGCUGGAUUUCAUUGUAUGGUUGAUGUUUGCAAUAUGUACUUUUGUUUUUUUUUAAUAUAACACAAUAAAUUAGAAGAAAUUUCAUAUUUA